GUCCAGUCCUUUCAUCUUAGUCCACUCCUCCUCCUUAUCUGUCCAUCUCUUCUAAGUGGAUUACACCCAAUAGAUUCUUUUUAGGCAAGAGAGAUGGAUCUGAUCCAUUCUCCAAAUUGAAAAUUGUAAAGCCGGACGGUCGAUGCCAUUCUCCGGCUGAGAGCUACAGAGAGACUCGGCGGUGCAGAAGUGCUCCUUUCUCCGGCAAGACCUAGAGACGGAGAGCUAGGGAGAUUCGGCGGCACAUUUUCCAGCAAGCAGCAGCCCCCAUCAACGGAGAUCUGGGGGAAAAUCCGGCGAAGCAGCAGUGCUCCACUCACCGGCAAGCAGAAGCACAGAGAGCUAGGGAUAAAUCUGGUGACGCAACAGUGCUCCAUUCUCCGGCAAGCAGCAACCCCUGCCAUUAUCAAUAUGUUUCAGACAUAAGCUUUGGAUUUUGAUUGUCCAUUAUCACUGCCCAUGAAGUCCUCCUCCUCAAUUCCAAAGAACACUUUAUUUCUCCUUUCAUAGACAAGCUUCACCACAGGGAAUUGAGUCACUGCCAAGCUACAAAGUCUCAGGUAUCUCAAAUUUUUCGCUGCAAAAUUAUGCAGAGUUUUUUUAUGAGUUGAUAUUUUUGAAAAUUUAAUUGAGAAGUUUGACAAUGACCUAAAUGUUCCACCUCAAGAGAUUUGAGUUUGACAAUGACGAAUCCGCAACUUGGGCAUGUUUGUUGGAAGAUGGAUAGCCAGUUUUGUGGAUUGGUGUGAAGCAUGAAGAAAGAAAAGGUAGCUAUUAAGGGAUGAUGCAGAUUGAAGUUGUCAAAAUAAGAUAAGUAAUUUAGACCUUUUGAUUAAAUUCUAAAUAUUAGGCAAGUUUGCAAAUAUUGUCUAUUUUUUAGCAGGAGUAUGGGGGAAUCAUCUCUUUCUUCUGAAUCUCCUCUUUAGCUCCUAUAUUUCAAUUUAGCUUUCUAUGUUUUAUUAUCUUUAUCAUCAUUGUAGGUUAUGUUAAUGAUCAAUGUCUAUCACAAUGGAAAGUGUUCAAACAUGUCGGGAUGAAGAGACAUGUCACUACAAGCAAAAUUGUACAAGAACAACCCAGUAGAAUCCCGCAACGAUCAAGUCUAAGAUAGUGAGUUCGGGUAUGGAUCGAGCCAAGUGGGCAGACUGACGAGUAGUGAGUUCGGAUUCUCCGGGAUAAACAACUACUAAAGUCCUGACAGCCAACGGCGAAAAACCUGCUUCCGAUCUGUCGGAACCAACGGCUAUCGUUCUUCUGCGAUUCCCCGGAGAUAGAAUGGUCGCAGUUGUUGAAGCUCGUCAGCUCAGCUUCCCCAAGCCGCCGCUCCUUUCCGUCUCCCUUUCUUCUCCACACGUCACAUCUCUCCUCUUCGAACCCACCUUUUCAUCUCUAGCCCUCUCUCACUCCGAUUCCUCUUUCUCCCUCUACCACUCCAUCUCCCCCCUCUCCCUCCCUCCCCCUUACUCUCUCCCUCCUCCCAAAACCCUAGUCCCGCCGCCGGUCUCCUCCGCGACCUUCGUCGUCCUGCGCGACGCUACCCCCAACCCUAAUUCUCUGUUCGUCGCUUCCUCGCCCCUCUCCGGCGGCUCCGCCGUCCUUCUCCGGUUCUACAUCCUUAGCCCAGACAGGAAAUCUUUUACUAGAGCCAGGGUUGUUUGCAAUCACAGUGACAUCCGGUCCGAGGAGGGGAAGUUUGGCGUUGUGUUUGGGGUCAGUCAUGGCGUAUCUGUUAAAUUGGCUGGGUCAGUCAACGUGUUUGCUAUGUACUCGAUUUCGAAUUCAAAAAUUUGGGUUUUUACAGCAAAGCUCGUAGGUUAUGAGGAAGUUAAGUUGAUGAAGUGUGCUGUGAUUGAUUGCUCUGCUCCAGUGUUUUCAAUGAGUCUGUCCUUUGGGUUCUUUAUUCUUGGGGAAGAGAACGGUGUUAGGGUUCUACCCUUAAGGCCACUGAUUAAAGGAAGAGCUAGAAAAGACAAAGGCCCGAGUAAGAAGAAUGUGAUGAAUGCAUCGGAGCGAGAUGAUAAGAUGGACAAUAAAAGAGUGAAUUUGCAAAAUGGGAUUAUUAAUGGAAUGUAUGGGCUUGAAUCAAAGACACUCUUCAACAACAGAAGCGACACUUUGAGUGGGGAAAAAGAAUUAAAAUUGCGUUCUGUUAGUCAUUUUGACAAGAAAAGUGAUCAGCAUUCACAUUCUGUAAAGUUGAGGUGUGCUAAGCUGAGACAAGAUUCCAGAGAUUGGGGUGCCAUUUUCUUAGCAUUCGAGCAGGUGGACACGUUUGAAUCAGUGGAAGUGCCUAUAAGAUCGGUCAAGGCGAUAAACAUUCAGGCCUUGUCUUUAAGCAAGUUUCUGAUAUUAGAUUCUGUGGGGAAUCUGCACAUCUUAUUCCUUGGCUAUUCUGCUCCUGGCUAUCAGAUUCAUGGUCACAUGAAACAGUUGAGUCACACAAUGAGAGUCCAGAAGAUGGCCGUUCUUCCUGAUAACUCAGCUAGUAUAGCUCCCAAAUUCCGUGUUUAAACUUCUCUACAAGACCUUUAUACUUCAUAUUAAAUGAAAAUGCUCUAGCAACUUGCAUUUGUUAACCAUGAUGUCUUUAAACAUCAGAAAUUGCCCUCUAGCUAUAUAAUUAUAAUAGCCGGAAUCGUGAAUUCAUUGGAUACCUAUCUUCAAUUUUAAAAUUGAAAAAAAUCCCAUCUUUGCAGGAACACAUGCUGUUUGGUUGUCAGAUGGGCUCCACAGUAUAUAUGUGAUGGUUGUAAGUGACACUGAAAGUUCUGUUAGUGAAACAGAAAACAAGGAGUCUGAUAAAAGUCUUAUACAAACUUCAGUUCCACAAGCCAUAUUCUCAAGCGAAAUAAUCCAAGAAAUUGCACCCCUGUCUGCAAAUUCAGCCAUGCUACUUGGACAAGGAAGCAUGUUUGUAUAUGGAAUCUCUUAACUGUAUGCAGUAGUUCUAUUAGUGGACAUGGUGAUUUGUUCUUCAAAGUGUGAGUUUUGGUGAUCAAUUUUUCUGGGCAUAUUUGGUUUAACGGCUUGAGCUUCACCGGUCAUAUACGCACCUGCAUAUAUAAUGAUCCAUUUGAUUCCAAUGGUGCUGAGCUGUCAAAUUCUCCAAAGGUUAGGACCUCUUGGCAUCAUGGCUGGGAGGCUAGUCUUAAAGCAAUCCAUGGAAAAAUGUUGGAGACCAAUGCGAGAGGUGGUGGUAAUCAUGUGUGGCCAAUGCAAUUUUGGUUGACGGUUUUACCCAUUGCCGUUCGUCACAUUGGUACUACUCCAAGUGGUCAAGGGAUUACUUCAGCUUCUUUCCACAAGUGUUCCUCUUCUUACCAUAUGUUGUUGGAUACUCGAUCUGUUCUUCUAAGCCCACAGCUUGUGCUGAAAAAAAAAACUAGGGAGGAUGGCUAUAUAAGGGUAGAUGGUAAUUAUCAUUUUCAGAAUAUUAAGGGAUUUUACAGUCCUUGUAAUCUCAGAUGUACACCCAACAUCUGAUAUUUCAAGUAGCCUCGUACUUUCUUUGUCUUAAAAUUUUCUUUCCAAUUUCGUUUCUUGAUUGUUUUGAACUUUUGAUCCAAUUGACUUUCAAAGAAAGAUUUGUGUGGCAA